AUGGGUCAAGAAGCUGGCAAACCUGCCUGGCCCAAACCAGCAGGAGGAUAUCAAACUAUUACAGGUAGAAGAUACAGAAGAAGACAUGCCUAUGUUGGUUUUAGACCAUCUUUGAAUAGCCAAGAAGGAGAUGAACAUCGACACAAUGAAGACUGCGAACGAUUAGGAUUGGAGGAUGUUCAGAAAGAGAAUUCUUUAUGUAUGUGCAUAUCUUCAGGUUCCAGUCCAUUGGUUCAAGUUUCUUCUGGUUUAUUGGAUGAGCCUUUGUUAGAAAAUGUUGGAACUGGAGAACCCGUUUGCCAAAGUGUAUGGAGCCGAACUUUUGAAGUGAACGCAUCGCCAUUUUCUCUAUUCUCUUAUGAUCUGGAAGGCAACAAAAUCUCAGGGAACUUUAUGAAUCCUUAUGAAAAUUCCGUUGAGCUUGCAGAAUAUGCGUCUGGAGGGCAUAAUGACUGGAAUGGUCAGAAUAGAAUUGCUUUUGUAAACACUGAUUCUUAUGAGCCAGAUAGCAGUGAUGGAGAGGAAGAUGAUGCUCAAGACAAAUUUUCUUUGGCAAGGGAAGAAGCAGGUGUAUUGCAGGAAACACUAGAUAGCAUGCUUUCUGAGUUAGAAAAAGGCCCGGAGUCUUUUACUGACUUAAAGUCCCGAUUGUCCACUCUCAACCACAGUGUUUCUAGAGAAUGUUGUGAAGAAGCAGGACCAGUGCCUUUAAUGAGAUAUUUUAGCAUAGGUUCAGACUUGGCAUGUCCAAACAACAGCACAUUUAAAUUUUCUGCUGAAGAUCAUGCUAUACCGAAAAGUAACCCGAGUAGUACCAAUUGUGAAACACAGCAGAGAAGAAAUAUAGUGGAUGUUGGAAUCGGAACCCCUAUAGCAAUUGCUAAUGAAUUGAAUGUCAAUGAUGGAAAGACUGACCAAGGAAAUUCACCUGAGCUGGUAGUGAGACCUAAAAUAAGAAAACAAAGUACUACAAACCAGUUGGAGACAGAGGAGCUUCUCCCUAAUGAUGAUGAUGAAAGUGGUUCCUGGAGGAGAAGUGAUAUUGCUGAAGUCCAGCAAGGCUAUGCUGAAUGUGCCUUGAGAAACAGCAGAGAAGCAAUGAAUUAUAGUAUGUUCUUUGACUCAAGAGAGCACGUAGGUCAUCAAAAGAAUGCAGAAAUAGACCUAAGGAAAAAUGCAGCAGCUCAAGAACAAAAAAAUAUGCCAGAUGGUAGCACUUUUUGGGAUGAGUCUGAAGACGGCAGGAGAUGCUUCUCAAUGUCCCACAAAGAUGAAGACAGCUCAGAAUGCAGUGAUGGAGAAUGGUCUACAGCUGUGCCUAUCUAUUUUGCUGCUACAGAAAAAGACCAGUUUUCAAGUGAUGAGGGCUGUGAGACUGUCCCGGGGAGGGAGGAAUGUGAGCCUAAAGUGCAGAGCAGCAGCAGUGGUGUAGAAGAGGAGAACAGAGACUUCUGUUUCCAAGGAGGGGAACAGACAGUAUUGGAAGAAGGAGAGAUUCCUCAGUUACAGCACCGGGAAGAAAUAGAAAGUAGCUGUGCUGGGGAAUAUGAUCCAGUUAGUGAUAUUGUGGAGGCUGGAUUCUUCCUGUUGGAUGGAAAUAACAACCUUGAGGAUGACUCCAGUGUGAGUGAAGACCUGGAUGUGGAGUGGAGAGUACUUGAUGAGUUUGGUGAUGGCCUAGGGCUUGCUCAAGCCCUUCCUCAUGCGGAUCCUCAGUUUCUCACAUUUACGACAGUAGACGAACGCUUACAACAAGCUAUGGAGACUGCUCUUGCAAAUUUGGAGGCUCUGGGAUUUCAUGUUGAACAGGCUCAUCCACCAGCUACUAAAGAAGACAUAGAUUGUCUGCCACAGAUUAUUGUCACAGAUGACCAUGACGGUCAAGAGCAGUAUUGUACUAUCUGUUGCAGUGAAUAUGUGAAAGAUGAAAUCGUAACAGAGCUACCUUGUCAUCAUUUGUUUCACAAACCUUGUGUAACUCUUUGGUUACAGACGUCGGGAACAUGCCCAGUUUGUCGUUAUGUGCUUGCACCCGUGCUUCCUGGAGCAGCCGCUCCCACUGUUUCCUUUCUAUCUCAUCAAGAUUCUGCAUCUUCUGUUCACAGUGCUACAGGAGCUUCAAACUAGGGUCUGAAAGCUAGUCUUUGCCACCAAAAUAAAAAUGUAAAAUUUGUCUGUUUAAUUGCAAUGUGAAAACAAUUACGUAUAAAAUACUGAAUGUAAAAUACUACCUAUAUUAUAGAUUUUAGUUUAGAAAGAGGGUGCAAGACUUUCUGAACUCUUCAGGUUUACAAUAACAGCUUAAAUUUUCAAACUGUAAGUUGGAAGAAUCUGCAGCCUUAUUUUCUAGCAGAAUGUGGCUGGUAACUGUAAUGUGUAAAGCUUCUAUUAUGAUAAAUUUUCCAAGAAGAUAAUUAAUGUGGCACUUUGUUCAAGUUCUGGCAGCUGCAGUACAGUUGCAGCUUACUAAAGUUAUGCUGAUAAUCUGUUUCAGGUAAUAUAACUGAACUAUCUGGUUUUGUCAAAGCCAGUGCCACUGAGUGACUUUGUAAUUGAUCUGUCAUAUUUGCAUCAAAUGUGAAGAUGUUCUUUGAAGCCAGCAGUGGUAGAAUUUGA